AGGCCUAAUCGUUCAUUCUCCAACAGCUCCACCAACGAAAAGCCUUCUUCUUCAUCUUUUUCUGCAGUUUCUCAAUUCAACAUGGCAACCCCAUCACAAGCUCAGGCCGUCAAGUCGCUCAACAAAUCCCCAGGACGCCGCCGUUUUGUCUUCAAGAGCUUCUCUCAGAGACUUGAAGAAGUUGAAGUCGAUGUAUUCCGAAGCCUUGAUAAAGUUAAACCUGAGCCGCAAGCGGGCUCUACGUUUUUCCGGGACUGCCUCGUAGAAUGGAGGGAAUUGAACACGGCUGAGGAUUUCAUCGCUUUCUAUGAGAAAAUGACGCCAUUGGUCCAAACAUUGCCUUUGGUGUUGUUGCAUAAGGAAACCAUAAUCUCAGAACUCCUUUCUAGAUUACAGAUGAAAGCAAGGUUGUCGCUUGAACCCAUUCUCAGGUUAAUUGCAGUCCUGUGUAGAGAUCUCCUUGAGGACUUUAUCCCGUUCUUGCCAAGGAUUGCUGACUCUCUAGUGUCUCUCCUCGAAUGUGGUGCCGAUAGGGAGCCAGAGGCCAUUGAGCAGAUCUUCACAUCUUGGUCAUCUAUUAUGAUGUACUUGCAAAAAUAUCUUGUACAAAAGCUUGUGCAUGUUCUAAAUGUUACUGUAAAUUUGAGAUAUUAUCCAAAAGAUUACAUCCAAGAAUUUAUGGCAGAGGGGAUGUCAUUCUUGCUGAGAAAUGCACCUUUUGAGCAGCUUAAAAAAGGUGUCAAAAAGAUCAUGUUUGAAGUUGUGCAGAAAUCAAUACCUGUCAGAAAAUAUGGAGUCAGUGCUUUACUAUAUUUUGUCAUGCGAGGGGCCUCAUCAAGGUUCCAUUCUAAAGCUGAGCAAGUGUUGCAUUUAUUGAUGGACGACUUGAUACUUGGUAUUGGUGAAAACUUCAGCCAGGGUUCAGACACUGUUGUUGAAGUCUUAAUUUCUGCAUUACAAAGAUUAUGUGAUGACUUGGACUCCAAGGAGUUGAACAUAAUGUUCAAUUGCUUAUAUCAGGAAAUAACUGACUGUAUGAUUAAUGGAGGUGUUGAACGUUUAAGCUGCCUGUUGUCAUUGCUUGUUUCUACUGUUCAAGUCAAGAAUGGCCAAAGGGUUUCUGAUUACCAACAAAUGCUUGAAAUUGUGGGUUUGCUUGUGCGAACAUUUAUCAUGCCUUCUGGCAUUACAAUGGCAGAGGAACAUUCAUCUGAUGUUGUGGAUAAGGUUUUGCAGUUAAUGCUCUGUAUUCUUAGUGGACUGCACAGUUACAAUGAUAUGUCAACCAUAUCUAGUUGUUCAUUGCAAUGGGCUCCUGUAUUUGAUCUAAAGAACUCAAGCUUGUUAGGUUUUAUUCGACAACUUUUACAAAAGGACGUUUGCAUACUAGAUAUCUUCGCAGUUAACAUUUUAAGGGCCAUGAAUGAUUUAUUAGAAACUUCACAGGAAGAUGUAAUUUAUUUGUUACUCACCUUCAAUGAAAAACUACAAAUGGAAACCCAAAGCUUGACCUUCUUAGAUAGAACACGUGAAGGAGUUCCAAGGAUUCAAGGUUUUAUGCGUGGGGCUAUCAGCAAUUGGGUUGGGGUUUUAAAGGGUAUUGUAAAUGGGGAUUCAUCAUCCACUUUAAUUCAUGAAGCUGACUUGGCCCUGCUGUGGGGAGUCAUUAACUGCUUUCCACAAAUAGCAGAAUCCGAAGAAGAUUUUUCGCUGUUGAUGGAUUUGAUGGAUGCAGAUGAUCAAAUUCUGAUGAUUGAAGCUGACAAUAUUGCAGGUUUUCCUAAACACACUUGGGAGAGCCUAAUUGGUGCUACCUUAAAUUCCUAUUACAAACUUAUUCGUGGUAAAAAAUCUGAGCUUGACGAAACAAGCAGAUUUUUGCAUCUUGGAAAUAGACACAAAUCAUGUCCACAAGUGUUGGUUGCUGUUGCUGAUUUUUUGGAUUCCGUGUAUGGGCCUAUUAUGGAAGGAGACACCAAGUCUAGAACUUAUCAUCCAGAACUACAAGCAGAUAAAGCCAUAGAUGCUUUGGACAUAUUUGCUGAUAAUUUGUGCCACUCAGACAGAGGGAUUCGUGCUUCAACUCUUAGAAUAUUGUGUCACUAUGAAACUCUAAAUUGCAAUAUUUGCACAGAGGAUGAGCCAGUUGCGAAGAAACUGAGAACUGAAGUUUCUCUUACUUGUCAUGUGGAUAACCAAGGCUUUAAUGUUCUUCCACUCCUCCUCUCAAUCGAGUCAACUCCGCUUUCAAUUUCUACCAGUAGGAAAGUUACUCUAUUGAUUUCUAGAAUACAGAUGGGCCUCUCCACUGGAAGAAUAGCUGAAGCUUAUCUGCCCCUUGUUUUGAAUGGGAUGAUUGGUAUCUUCCAUAACCGGUUUAGUUAUCUUUGGAAUCCUACAUCAGAGUGCCUUGCAGUUCUGAUUAGCCAAAAUACUGGACUUGUAUGGGAGAGAUUACUUCAUUAUUUUGAACAAUGCCUAUCGAGAUUUCAAGCGUCUUUUGAUCAAGUUGAGGAAGUAAAUUCUAAGUUGACCAACAAGUCAAGUGGUAUGUCACAACUUGAUUCUUUCUGUUAUGUUGUAUUAAUCCACAAUGAAUAA